UUGACUCAUACAGUAGCUCCCGCCGGGUCGUCUGUUGAACUCGAUGUUGUUGGUGCACUAGAAGCAGUUACAGCAUGUUGUAACGCAGACGGAUCUGUCAAGCGCUCAGCUUGGGCAAGAUUCACCACUGCGUUCAGACACUACUAUGUAAAAUAGCUACUUUUUACGAAAUUUCUCAGCUUUUGUGCAGAAAUGAUGGAUAUAUGCUGGCUGUGUGUGGUUCUUGCUGGGAUCGCAGUUUAUUUACUAACGCAGUUUGUACGCUUCAUUUUCGCCGACGCUGAUUUGACUUUAUUAUGGGCGGCCAGGUUCGGCAACAAACCAGAGUCAAAGUUGAAAGGCAAAGUGGUGUGGAUUACCGGAGCCUCGAGUGGCAUCGGGGAGGAGAUGUCUUAUCAGCUUGCGGCACUCGGUGCUCGGCUAGUGCUGUCUGCCCGCAGAGAGAAUGAGCUGGAGAGGGUGAAGCACAUAUGUUUAGAGCGCUCCUCUCUAAAGGCUGAGGAUAUUCUUGUUCUUCCACUUGAUUUGAUGGACCGUGCAUCACAUCAAGAAAAAACUGCUACAGCUCUGAAGCACUUUGGUGAUAUAGACGUGUUGAUAAACAACGGAGGCCGGACGCAGCGUUCUCUGUGCAUAGAGGCUGAUUUGGAAGUGUACCAAGCACUUAUGGAGCUCAACUACCUUGGCACAGUAUCUGUCACGAAGCAGCUGCUGCCCCACAUGAUCCGCCGUGGUAGUGGUAUCAUAGCAACCGUCAGCAGCGUUGCAGGGUUUGUCGGGGCGCCCCUGGCAACAGGCUAUGCUGCAAGCAAGCAUGCUGUGCAGGGGUUCUUCAACUCUCUGAGAACAGAACUCACUGAUUAUCCAAACAUCACCAUCAGUACCAUCUGCCCCGGACCAGUAAUAUCUAGCAUCGUUCAGAGUGCGUUCACAGAGGAGCUUGGCAAGCCUGUGGAUACAGCUGGUGAUCAAACACAUAAGAUGUCCACAGAGCGCUGCGUUCACCUCACCCUGGUAGGUCUGGCCAAUCAUGUCAAAGAGAUGUGGAUCGCUGAGCAGCCCUUUCUACUCUUCUGCUACUUGUGGCAGUACACUCCCACUCUGGCCUGGUACUUGACUAAUGUUCUGGGUAAAAAUCGUGUGCAGAACUUCAAAGCUGGACUGGAUGCAGAUUCUGCAUACUUCAGCAAGCCCAAAGUCAAGACAACUUGAAAAUCGAAUUUCAAGAAACACUGAUUUGUGAAUUUCUUGCCAGAAGGAACCGGGAAGUCACACAAAGUAAAAUGUCACACGAUUUCAAAACGUCAUCAAGUAAAUAUUUAACACCAUUUUGCACGCUGUAUCAAUAUGACGACAAAUGGCAAAUCUUAAAAAAAAAUAAAAUCAAAAAUGGCUAUGCAGUUGAUUUAUGUAUUCUUUGUGUUUAAAUGUACAUUAGUUAUAAAUAGGGAUUAAUAUUCUAUAAUAACAAACAUUUUAAGUUUGUGUAAACAAAAAAAGACAGUAAAAAGAUUUAUAC